AUGUCCAAGACAAGAUACUAUUUAGAACAGUCAGUUCCAGAAUUAGAAGACCUUCAGAAGAAAGGUUUAUUUGAAAAAAAUGAAAUAACAAUGAUUAUGAGAAGAAGAACCGAUUUUGAACAUCGAUUAAAUUCAAGAGGUUCAAAAUCAAGAGAUUAUUUAAAAUAUGUUGAAUUUGAAAUGAAUUUAGAAAAACUACGUAAGAAAAGAUAUAAUAGAUUGAAUUCAGUUGGAUUAAUCAAUACAAAACCUUCUAUAUCAGAUUGGGCCUCAGAAAGAAGAAUAUUAUUUAUAUUUGAUCGUUCAAUUAAAAAAUUCCCAAAUGAUUUUAAACUAUGGGAUAAUUAUUUACAAUUUGCCAAGGGCCAAAAAUUGUACAAGAAGAUUUACAAGAUUUAUAAUCAAUUAUUACAAUUACAUCCAACUUCAAUAAAAUCUUGGAUUAAUGCAGCAGAAUUUGAAUUUGAAAAUAUUGGUUCUGCAAAGAAUGCAAGAAUUUUAUUUCAAAAAGGUUUAAGAUUUAAUAAAGAUUCCAAAAAAUUAUGGUUAAGUUAUACAAUUUUUGAAUUAUCAUAUAUUACGAAAUUAUUAAAUAGAAGAAAAUUAUUAGGUUUAGUCACUGAAAAGCAACAAUUGGAACAUGAACAUUCAGAAUUGGUUGCACAGGAUGAAGAUGAUGAUUUGAUUAAAUUACCAACUGUUUCAAAUGAAGAAUUGAAGAGUGAAUUGAACAAUUUACCAGAUGCUGAUUUAAACAUGUUGGGUAACCCUGAAACUAAUCCUGCAUUGAAAGGUGAUGUUGCAUUAACUAUAUUUGAUGUUUGUAUCAAUACAUUAUUUGGUUUGAAAAAAUCUACAAUUCAAUCAGAAUUUGAAUUUAAAUAUGAAUUAAGUGUUGAAUUCUUAUCAAUUUUUAAAAAAUUUAAAGAUUUGAAUAGAUUUUAUCUAAGUUCACAUAUUAUUCAAUAUUUAUUAUCACAAUUCCCAAAUUCAAAUAAAGUAAUUAUUCUUGAUAUCGUGGCACAAUUAGAAUUUGAAGAAAUUGGUAAUGAAUCAUUUAUAAAUUCUUUACAAUCUGCUACAAUGAAAUAUUUAGCAUAUAAAGAAAAAUUCAAUAAUGAUAAUGAUAAAUCAGAAUUGAAAACAAGUUAUUCAUCAUAUUUAUUAACAAAUUUCCUACAAAGUGAUGAUAAAACUGAUGAACAAACUAGACAAAUUUUACAUUCAAUUAUCAAAAAAUUAUAA